CGGUGCUUGCUUUCUUGGAGCAUAUCCUUUUAGGAUUAGUUUGUGCAUGCAUGUGUUACUCAGUUUAUACGUGAUAAACAAGUUAAAAUGGUGUUGUCGUGUCGUUUUUACAAAGAAAAGUAUCCAGAGGUUGAGGAUGUUGUAAUGGUCAAUGUCCGUAGUAUAGCUGAAAUGGGUGCUUAUGUGCAUCUAUUAGAAUACAACAACAUCGAGGGCAUGAUCUUGCUUUCGGAAUUGUCCAGGAGACGUAUCCGAUCUAUUAACAAAUUAAUUAGAGUAGGUAAAACCGAACCAGUUGUUGUCAUACGUGUUGAUAAAGAGAAAGGUUACAUUGACUUGAGUAAAAGAAGAGUAUCCGCUGAAGAUGUAGAAAAGUGUACGGAACGAUAUGCCAAAGCAAAAUCCGUGAAUUCUAUUCUAAGACACGUUGCUGAACUUUUGCACUAUGAAACAGAUGAACAGUUGGAGGAACUUUAUCAAAAAACAGCAUGGCAUUUUGAAGAAAAGUACAAGAAACAAAAAGCAUCUGCUUAUGAUUACUUUAAGCAGUCAGUUGUGGAUCCAUCAAUUUUAGCUGAGUGCGAUCUUGAUGAGCAUACAAAGGAAGUUUUACUUAACAACAUUAAGAGAAAAUUGACAUCUCAAGCAGUUAAAAUUCGAGCAGACGUCGAAGUUGCUUGUUACGGAUACGAAGGUAUAGAUGCUGUUAAAGCUUCUUUGAAAGCUGGCUUGGCUUUGUCUACGGAAGAGCUUCCCAUCAAAAUCAAUUUGAUAGCGCCUCCACUCUAUGUUAUGACAACGUCAACACCAGAAAAAACUGAUGGGUUGCAAGCUCUAAAUGAUGCAAUUGAAGUUAUUGAGAAAAAAAUCACAGCCAUGGGUGGUGUGUUUAAAGUGCAAAUGGCUCCAAAAGUCGUUACUGCAACAGAUGAAGCUGAACUGGCUAAACAAAUGGAGAAAGCUGAACUUGAAAAUGCUGAAGUUGCAGGUGAUGAUGACGAAGAGGAAAUUGAAGGUAUGGGCGGUGGUGAUUUUAGUGGCGGCGAAGGCAAUGAAAAUGAUGAGAAAGACAAUGAAUCUGGGGGAGAGGAUUAAACUUGCUUACAAAAAACAGAAUACAGUGAAAGUCAAACAUUGUAUAAGAGUGAGUCAACACAUCCGAUUUUUCUAAGUGAGAAAAAUCUACACUGUACAUCGUAAUUUUACAAAUAAAAAAAAAUUUUUCAGA